CUAUAUCUGCAUUUGAGUCUUCAUUUAUUCUCUGCACUUCAUCACAUUGUGGGAAUAUGGGCAACUUCAUGGCCACCCCCGAAACUGCAAAUGUCAAAUUCGCUAAUGUGAACGGGAUACUGUAUUUCAGGAAGUUAAACAAGCUAGUGGGUGUGGAGGAAGUAAAGGGUAUAUAGGCGGAGCAAGUGACAGGGCUUUUCUGCGAAUGCAAUGUUGUUUAUGAAAAAUUUUUGUUUGAUCGACAAGGGCUUGCGUCUCUAUCACAACGACAAGAGCUAUGGCUGAGUUCAAUAUAAGAAAUGAAGACAUGCAAAGCAUGAAGGAGAUAUUACAGAAUAACAGUUUGGCAGAUGCAGCUGAAAAGAUUCAAGACCAUUUUAACGAACUGGAUCACGUUACUCUGAACAUUGCUGUCACUGGAGAGUCCGGUUCUGGGAAGUCCACCUUUGUUAAUGCUUUCCGAGGGAUUGGGGAUUGUGAAACCAACUCAGCCCCCACAGAUGUAGUGGAAACUAAAACAGAGCCUAAAUCUUACUCCCACCCAAAGUAUCCCAAUGUCCAGCUGUGGGAUCUACCUGGAAUCGGAACCCCCAACUUCAAGGCAGACACUUACCUUCAGGAUGUUGAAUUUAAUCGCUAUGAUUUCUUCAUCAUCAUCGCUUCAGAGCGUUUCAGGUCCUGUAAUGUACAGCUGGCCAAGGAGAUCCAGAAAAUGAAGAAGAGGUUCUAUUUUGUGCGCUCCAAGAUUGAUAAUGACAUUAGGGCAGAAAAAAGAAAGCAAAACUUUGAUUAUGGCAAGACAUUACAAAAGAUCCGAGAUGACUGUAUUAAAGGCCUUCAGAAAGAGGGCAUAACCUCUCCCACAGUCUUCCUGAUUUCCAGCUUUGAAUUAAGAAGCUAUGACUUCGCAUUACUUGAAGAGACCAUGGAGAAGGAGCUUCCUGAGCACAAGAGGCAUCUCUUGCUGUUGUCCCUGCCCAAUAUUACCCAAGAAAUCAACAAGAAGAAGGCAGCAGUCUUGCAGGCAGACAUAUGGAAAAUGGCUCUACUAUCAGGCACAAUAGCUGCCAUACCCAUCCCAGGCCUAUCAUUUCUUGUUGAUGUGGCUAUUUUGGUUAAAGAGAUCUCUAGAUAUUUUAUGGCAUUUGGCCUAGAGGAUGAUUCCUUGAGAGAGCUCUCCAACAGAACAAAGGUACCCUUUGGAGAACUGAAAUCAGUUCUCAAAUCUCCCCUUAAGGAUGAAAUAUCAGUUGAUGUGGUUAGGAAGAUGCUGACUAAGGCAGUUGGUGGUGGAUUAAUGGUUACUGAGUACCUGGUCAGCAACAUUCCUGUUUUUGGAUCCAUGGUAGCUGGUGGGAUUUCCUUUGGGACCACCUACUACAUGCUAAACAGCUGCCUGAAUGAGCUGGCCAAGGAUUCACACAAUGUGCUGAUGAGGGCUUUACAGACUUCAGUCUAACCCAAUAUACUUACCUUCCAUACAUUCAUUACCGGCACCAACUAAAUCUAACACAUGCACAUGUUUAUGUCAUUACAUUAUGUGUAUAGCACUGUCAUUGGUAUGGUAGUAUAUUUAUGUUUUUAUAUAUAAUAAUUCAACAUAUGCUAGAAUUAUUUACAAAAUAAUCACAUUAUCUCUUAAUAUGUUAAUACAUAAUCAAUAAAGUAUCAUGUUAAGAAAUAAGGAAAAUCAUUCUGCUUAUUUAUACCUAUCUGUAUGAUUUCUGUAUCUAGCUACUAUUCACUUUUCAUUUUCUUAACACUUAAGUUUGUAAUAUGUUAAAAUUUGUUAAACAGCUGCAGUUUGAAAAAUGACCAAUUCAAAUGGUUCAGAUUUUAUUAUGCAAAUAAUUAUUGUCCCAAGGAUAAUAAAAAAAAAUCUUUUACCAA